CCCAGUGCACCAUCGACAGCGGACUGUCAAAACGUCAUUGCACCCGUCAAAAUGUCCGCGCCUGACAGGUCCAAGUGGAGGAGAAGAAAGUCUUCAAAAUCCCCAGCGGAGGACGAUAAUGACUGCGCGAGCCUCGCGUGGCUCCUGAACUUUAGGUUGGACGAGUUUGUGAACGUGAAGGUGCCUGAUGAUGAGCCGGCGAAGAAGGAGCCGAAGAUCAUGGUGCCCGACGGCCCGCCCGCUCCGAGGAAGCCACUUUACACCUACCCUGAGCUGAUUGAGCGCGCCCUGAGGGAAAAGGGCGAGCUCACCGUAUCAGCCAUUUACCAGUGGAUCUCUGAUCGUUUCCCAUACUACAAAGCGAACGACGAGCGCUGGAAGAACUCCGUCCGGCACAACCUGUCCAUCAACCCCCACUUUCGGAAGGGUGCGCGCGCCCCCCAGGGGGCCGGCCACCUCUGGUCCCUUGCGGCUAAUGCGAUAGACCUCCUGCCUCUGAGGAACUGCACCUUCGAGGAGGAGAGGACGAUUGAGGGCGCUCAAGAGGCGAGGAUCAUCGCAUGUCCAAAGGUGAUCGUGCUAGACGAGGCGGCCAUCGCGGCAGCCAGCAUCAUCCCCGACCAAGACUUCUUCACAGGAGGUACAAUGUUCCUAAACCCGGUAUCGACGGAGCAGGUGGUGCGCGAGUGCGGGCUCAUCACGGCGGACUAGCGCCAUCUAGCUGCCGUGCCGUAGCUUGUAGAGACAACCCUGCGUUGCAAUUACGAAGGUAAUCUAAGCGAAUAUGACUCAAAUUUAAAGGGCUUUUAUUAGGUGCAUUGACUAGCAAACAAUUUUAAGUAUGAAGGUAAUUUGCAAGUGAAUAAGAUUCAAAUUCAAACAUCUUUAAAUUAGGCAUUUGGGAAUUACUACAUUUAAAGAGAAAUCAAAACGGGACUUAACUAUUAUAGUCAUAAUCAAUUGGCAAAUAAAGGAAAGGCUUUCUAUAAGUAUGUAGAAGAUUGUUGAAAUGGGUCAGUAAGAAUAAUACAAUACAUUUGUUUUUAAAUUAAUAACGCUAUAAAUAAUAAGCACAAAUGGUAUAGGAAUUGGUUCAGGAUUUAAAAGAAUCCAUAUUAGAAUUUAACCUACGAUUUAAUUUAGGUAAUUCAUAUAUUUUUCUGCUAGUUCUGUUCCUAUACAAUAAACUCAUUUGCCUAAAACAGUGGUUCUUAACCUUUAAGUCACGAGGGACCGUUUUACCAAAUUUCUGUCUUGUCAGGGACCACUUUUUUUUUCAAAAUCCUAUGAAAGUGGAUGUCGAUUUAUCGCCUACUGUGCGCCGUUUGCAUUGUGUUGACUCGACUCAUCACGUCACGUCACUUGUUUAUUACGAUGUCUUCGUGGACCACUUGGAAUGCCUCCAGGGACCACCAGUGGUCCGCGGACCACCGGUUAAGAACCACUGGCCUAAAACAUGGUGAUGUAAGGGUUGUCUCUAAAAGUUUAUAGAAUAAUAGCAAUUAAAUAUAACAUUACAUUUAUUAGAAUAAUUUUAGUGAUCUCACUAUACAA